UCUUGGUGAGAGAGAGAGAGAGCAAACUGUGCACGGGGAGGGAGCCAGGGAGCUACAGGGAACCAGGACGCCGCUGUGUUGUUAUGCCAAAACACUCAGCUGCGGCUUGUCAUACCCAAGUGUGUAUGACAGCCUGUGUGGUGACAUGGUGGUGUCUGUGGCUGACUGUGGCAGGCAUGGAGGUCUGGGGAGGAGGAGAGGAUGGGGAAAGAGGAGGAAGAGAGGAGAGGUCCCUUCAGCAAAUCCCCUUAGGAACCUCAGGAUUUCCCUUACCUGUGGAUAUUGACCCCAUUCCUUCAGGCCCCAGAGAACAGAUCAACCAAGUGACAUCCUUCAUUGAUGGGUCGGUGAUCUACGGGUCCAGCAAGGAGGAGAGUGACGAGCUGCGUGCCUUCUCUGGCGGCCUCCUCAAGGUGCAGCGCGGCCCGGCAAACACCCAGAUCCUCAUGGCCGACACCAACCAGAUUGACUGCAAGACCUCAGGAAGAUUCAAAGCCAGGUCACGCAAGACUCGGGCAGCAGACGGCCAGCUCAAAGACAUCGAGUCAGGUUCCCCAAACAACGUACUGGAUUUGAUGGAGGUUAUGCCUAACACUGACGUCAGCGAUAUCACGGAAAUUCCUAGCGUGUUUGAGCGUGACGACCAGACACUGCCCUGCGACCACACUUUGCGUGUCCGCACAGCUACAGGGUCUGUCUAA